GUAUGGAAUAUAUGUGUUUAAAUUAAUGCUUGUCGAUGGUCAGGGUCUAACCGCUGCCAUUACUGAAAGAAAUUUCAAGUCAGCCAUGCCUGGAGAAUCUCAUCUUUCAGAAGCUGGGGGAAUCCCAAAGAAGAGAAAAUCAGGGCAUAAAAAAGGCCACAAAGCAAAGAAGGUGGUAAAUGUUUUCCCAGGGGCUGGCGAAAAGACUAAGAUAGACAAGAGGAUGAGAAAACUGUUCCGGAAGAGGGCAAGAGAAUACGAUUCAGAUGAUGAUGAAGAUGAGGAGGUUGCAGUGCCCAAAGAUGAUAAUGCUGUUCCACUGACCGAUAAUGAGAAGAAUUUAGAAUCACAUGGUUUGGAUGACGAUAAACCUGAAGUUUCUGACGACGAAAAUAAUGAAGAAGAUGAUGAAGUCCAUCCUGGAAUUAUAAAGUUCACGGAAGGUGUUAGAGCAUUCAGGACAGCUUUCCAGAGUAUCAUCAAGAAGAGUGUGUCCAAUGAUUCCCUUGGUCCCAUAAUGUCAGCACACAAGAAGCUUGUUGCAGAGAAGCUUGCCGAAGAGGAAACUGAAAGGAAAGUUAAAGGGGAGGCGAAGAAGGAAAAACACUUGGUGGGAGAAAAGGGGCAUGUGAAACCUGCAAAUUAUCUAGAUGCACAUGACAAGUUUCUUAUAAGCGUUGCUACCAAGGGAGUGGUCAAGCUAUUUAAUGCGGUUAACAAAGCACAAAAUGCGCAAAAAGGCUUGGAUGCCUCAAGGUCUAAAGAUGCAAAAGCGAUAAAGAAGAGGAGGAAAGAAGCCUUCUUUUCUGAACUUAGCAAACCAUCAUUCUCAUCAGCCAAAACUCCGGCUAAGGUUCAUACGUCUGCUGGUGCUGGAGACAGUGAACCACCUGCUUGGGCUCCAUUACGAGAUACUUACAUGCUUACUAAUUCUAAGUUGAAGGAUUGGGAUAAGAUGCAGGAAUCGAGUGAACCAGAAGAUUUCAGGAGAGGAUCGGAAGAUAGCAGUUCGGACGAUGAUUAAUUGUUUGACCUUCACACACAUUUUUUCCAAGAGAAUCAGUAGGGUGAAUUUUUGGAUUGGCUUCGGAAUUUUCUGUCAUCUGACACAUCUUUCUCAUGGAUGUUUCCUUUUCUUCUUAUUUAUAUUUUGACUCAUGUACCUAAGAUCUGCAAAUGAGUAAAUCAUCUGUUUCGAAAA